AAGCAUUAACAGCCAUUGAUGACUACUAGAUCCUAGCCCAACCAAAGAUCAUCAAGGAAAUGAACGGCUCACAAAUCGUCCGACACAUGUAGCACGUGACCAUGCGCGUAUCAUUUUUGUUUUCAUGAUCAUCCAAAAAAGUUUUACACAUAACACACUUUCUCUUCUUUCUCUCUCUUCUGAAUUCUGAAACCCUCACUACUCCAACAAAUCAAUCAUCAUCUUCGCCUUUCAAAUUACCUUCAAUCUCUAAAGGGCAGUUUGAUUAUUGGAGCUUGAAUAAUAAACUAUUAAUGUUUGGGAUUUGAGCAUUUGAAACACAACACGUGACGAAAAUGGAAGCUGGGCCUGUGGACUCGUCAGUGGCACCUGAAACACCUCCUGUCAAAAGUUUAGAUACACAUCCUACUACUACAACAGAUGCUGUUAAUGCUGCAACUGACGGAUCGCCCAAGCAAUCAAUGUUGGGGAUAUCAUCAUGGGCAAGAAGUUUGAAAAUUCCAACACCAUCAGCUGGCGGUCAAGCUGAAUUACCUACUGAAAAUUCUCCGAAAUCAGCCUUUGCACGGUUUACUAGUGGAAUAGCUUCACGUUUAUCUCCUAGAGAGCCAACACCUGAACAAGGUGCUGAGGCUGGAUCUUCUCAGUCAAAUUUUUUUGGAACCAUCACCAGAGGAUUGGUUGACACAUCUAAAAGUGCAGCAAGGGCGGUGUCUGUCAAGGCUCGUCAUGUUGUCUCCCAAAACAAAAGAAGAUAUCAGGAAAAUGGAUAUGAUUUGGAUAUGACAUAUAUCACGGAGAACAUUAUUGCUAUGGGAUUUCCAGCUGGUGAUAUGAGCUCUGGCUUUUUUGGAUAUGUAGAGGGUUUAUACCGUAAUCACAUGGAGGAUGUGAUCAGCUUUUUAGAAAGCCAUCAUAAGGACAAGUACAAAGUUUACAAUCUUUGUUCUGAAAGAUUAUAUGAUGCCUCACUUUUUGAAGGAAAGGUUGCUAGUUGCCCUUUUGAUGACCAUAAUUGCCCUCCUAUACGUCUCAUUUUAUCGUUUUGUCAAAGUGCUUACUCAUGGUUGAAAGAGGACAUAGAGAAUGUUGUGGUUGUGCAUUGUAAGGCUGGAAUGGCUCGGACUGGUUUAAUGAUUUCCAGUCUUCUUUUAUACUUGAAGUUCUUCCCAACCGCGGAGGAGUCGAUCGAUUACUAUAAUCAAAAAAGAUGUUUUGAUGGAAAGGCUCUUGUUCUUCCAAGUCAGAUUAGGUAUGUCAAAUACUUUGAACGAACCUUAACGUACUUCAAUGGCGAGAUUCAGCCUGGCCGUAGGUGCAUGCUUAGAGGGUUUCGACUCCACAGGUGUCCUUAUUGGAUAAGGCCCCAUAUCACUGUCUCAGAUCAUAACAGUGUUUUGUUCUCUACGAAGAAACAUCCAAGAACAAAGGAUCUGACGACUGAGGAUUUCUGGUUUACUGCACCAAAGAAAGGGAUAAUGGUCUUUGCUUUGCCAGGAGAACCUGGGUUAACAGAAUUGUCUGGUGAUUUCAAAGUCCAUUUUCAUGAUCGUCAAGGAGACUUUUAUUUUUGGUUGAACACAACUAUGGUAGAAAAUAGAAAGAUCUUGAACACUGGUGAUAUGGAUGGGUUUGACAAGCGGAAACUGCCAUCCCCUGGAUUCCAAGUUGAGAUUGUCCUUGUAGACUAUGAUGGGACUCCACCAAGUCCAACAACACCCCAUCCCGAAAAUGUGGCCCAGAAGCCUGGUGAGAAGCCAGGGAAUGAGCCUUCUUCUGGUCCAGAAGCUGGCAAGGACUCUCAAAGUCACGCCCAAAGCGAACAGCAGGACAAAGAUGAUGUGUUUUCAGAUGACGAAUCCGAGGGAUCAGGCUUGUCAAGAGGUAGAAAAGCUCAAGCAGCUUCUUCUGUAGAAGCUGCGAAAUCCACUACUCCUCCCUCUGAAACCAACACCAUUUCCAAUCAGAAGGUGGACGGUCUGGCACGUGAAGUUGAAAAAGUAUCACUUGGUAAAGGUGAUUCGACAGAGGGCCAUUCACUCAAAGACUAUAAAACCGAGGGUGCUGCAACGGCUCUCCCAGCUCUCAACACCGAGGGGGUUAGUGAAUUCAAGGCAAUGGCAGCUGACGCUUCUGUAUUUACCUUCGGAGAUGAAGAUUAUGAAAGUGACUGACAAUUGGGACUCGGUUGCUGGUCGCUGGUUGCUUAGAAAUUUGUUGAUAAAAAGAAAAUACAUACCAUAGCAAAACCAUUUCCUUGGUUGAGGAAGUUCGUGCCCUGUUCAAUUUAUGUUCCAUUGUUUUUGUGGCUUGCAUUGUCAAUUGUGAAUUGGGAUUUGGGGAUAAAAGUUUGUUACUUGGUGUAGUUUGUAAGAUAUGUUUUUUGGAUGUACUUAUCUUUCUUCUUUUGCUUCAAAUUUACAAUUAAAAACGUUUUAUAAUGGAAGACAAUGUUUUUGGCCA